AUAAUGUGGAGGUUAAAGAUAGCAGAUGGAGGCAACAAUCCAUACCUUUACAGCACAAACAAUUUUAUAGGUAGGCAAACUUGGGAGUUUGAUCCUAACUAUGGAACUCCUGAAGAGCGUGAUGAGGUGGAACAAGCUCGAUUUCAUUUCUGGAAUAAUCGUCAUGAAUUUAAGCCUAGCGGUGAUCUCCUUUGGCGCAUGCAGUUCAUAAGAGAGAAGAAAUUCAAACAGAGGAUACCUCAGGUGAAGAUAGAGGACGGUGAAGAGAUAUCUUAUGAGAAAGUAACGGCCACAUUGAGGAGGUCUGUUCACUUAAUUGAGGCGUUACAGGCUGACGAUGGCCACUGGCCAGCUGAAAAUACUGGUCCAAUGUUUUUCAUUCAGCCCUUGGUUAUAUGCUUGUAUAUCGCAGGGCAUCUAAACAGCGUGUUUCCAGCAGAACAUAAAAAAGAAAUCCUUCGGUACUUAUAUAAUCAUCAGAACAAAGAUGGUGGAUGGGGAUUACACAUGGAAGGUCAUAGCACGAUGUUUGGAACGACUCUGAGUUACAUAUGUAUGCGUCUUCUAGGAGAAGGACCUGAUGGUGGUUUGAAUGGUGCUUGCACCAUUGCACGAAAAUGGAUUCUUGAUCAUGGCGGUGUGGUCGGCAAUCCCUCUUGGGGGAAAACCUGGCUUUCAGUACUUGGUGUUCAUGAGUGGGUAGGAUGCAACCCAAUGCCCCCAGAGUUCUGGCUUCUCCCAUCCAUCUUUCCCAUGCAUCCAGCGAAAAUGUGGUGUUACUGUAGGCUGGUAUACAUGCCGAUGUCUUACUUAUAUGGCAGAAGAUUUGUGGGUCCAAUAACUCCUCUGGUUUUACAACUUCGCGACGAACUGUAUACACAACCCUACAACGAUAUCAACUGGAAGAGUUGGAGACAUGUGUGUGCCAAGGAGGAUAUAUACUACCCGCACCCUUUACUACAAGAUUUGAUGUGGGAUAGCUUAUACAUUAUCACCGAGCCUCUCCUAACUCGAUGGCCAUUUAACAAAUUGCGGAAGAAAGCACUUGAGAAAACCAUCAGGCAUAUCCAUUAUGAAGACGAAUGUAGCCGCUAUAUCACAAUUGGGGCUGUGGAGAAGGCAUUGUGUAUGUUGGCAUGCUGGGCUGAGGAUCCAAAUGGAGUCUGCUUUAAAAAGCACUUAGCCAGAAUCCCCGAUUUCAUCUGGGUUGCCGAGGAUGGAAUGAAAAUGCAGAGCUUUGGCAGCCAAUUAUGGGAUGCAAGUAUAGCUAUACAAGCUCUUCUGGCUACUGAACUUACCCAUGAUAUUGCUCCUAUAUUAAAGAAAGGACAUGAUUUCAUUAAAGCCUCGCAGGUAAGGGACAAUCCUUCAGGAGAUUUUAGAAGCAUGUACCGUCAUAUUUCCAAAGGUGCGUGGACCUUCUCAGAUCAGGACCAUGGAUGGCAACUUUCAGACUGUACUGCUGAAGGGUUAAAGUGCUGCCUCUUAUUUUCGACGAUGCCCCCAGAGAUUGUUGGUAAAAAGAUGGACCCUGAGCAAUUACAAGAUGCUGUCAACGUAAUACUUUACUUACAGAGCGAAAAUGGGGGGCUAUCAGGAUGGGAACCAGCAAGAGCAUCAAAUUGGUUGGAGAUUCUCAAUCCUACAGAAUUUUUUGAGGACAUUGUCAUAGAGCACGAGUACGUCGAAUGCACAGCAACAGGAAUGCGGGCCCUUGUUUUAUUCAAGAAGUUAUACCCAGAUCAUAGGACGAAAGAAAUAGAAAGUUUCCUGACAAAUGGCGCUAGAUACCUGUAUAAUAUGCAGAUGCCAGAUGGUUCAUGGUAUGGAGAAUGGGGUAUGUGUUUUACAUACGGUACCUACUAUGCUCUUGGAGGACUGGCAGCAAUUGAGAAGACUUAUGAAAAUUGUCAGCCAAUCCGUAAAGCUGUCAGAUUUCUGCUUACAACACAAAUGGAGGAUGGUGGUUGGGGAGAAAGCUACCGAUCGUCCCCAGAAAAGAUAUACAUACCUCUAGAGGGGAAUCGGUCCAAUGUGGUACACACUGCAUGGGCUUUGAUGGGAUUGAUUCACUCUAAACAGGAAGAGAGAGACCCGCUACCUUUACAUAGAGCAGCCAAGUUGUUGAUCAACUCUCAGAUGGAAAAUGGUGAUUUUCCACAACAGGAGACAACUGGAGUUUUCAAGAAGAACUGUUUGUUGCACUAUGCAAUGUACCGGAAUAUAUAUACGUUGUGGGCUCUAGCAGAGUACCGAGAGAAACUCCCGAUAUCUAGUGUAAGUUUGUCAUCAACCAUGUUUGCACCCAGCAGUGCCUGAUUCUGUGUUUCAGAAUGCAUGUAACUGUCCACACUAACAUCUGGAACCAGUUCUUGCAGGCAUGAGAGAUCAGACACAUCGGAUAAAUCUUGACCAUCCACUAGUGG